AUGCCAGGUGGUAUCUUCGGUGCAGGUGUAGCUAUGAAAGAGAAACAUUGUAAAAACCAUGAAGAUUUGCAGUACAUACCUAUUGUAACUACAGGACCGCCAGGGCCUCCAGGGCCACCAGGUCCAUCUGGUCCACCAGGUCCACCUGGUCCACCAGGACCUCCUGGUCCACCGGGUCCUCCUGGUCCUUCAGGUUUGCCAAUUUCAUCAGGUAAGGUUAUUCCCUGUGGUAAAGAAGGCCCAUUUGGUCCACCAGGUCCAUCAGGUCCUCCUGGUCCACCAGGCCCACCAGGUCCUCCAGGACCACCUGGUCCACCAGGUCCACCUGGUCCCAAGGGUCCUAAUGGUUCACCAACAUUAUCUGGAAUUUCUGGUUCUUCUUCGGGAGUUGGCGUAGGCCCACCUGGUCCACCAGGUCCAUUUGGCCCACCAGGUCCAUUGGGACCCCCUGGUCCAUUUGGUCCUCCUGGGCCAUUUGGUCCCCCAGGACCAUUUGGUCCACCUGGUCCACCAGGACCUCCAGGUCCUCCUGGCCCUCCGGGUCCUCCAGGACCACCUGGUUUACCAACAUCAGGUGGUGUUGUCUCAUCUGUUGCAAGAGUUGGUCCUCCAGGACCUCCAGGUCCACCAGGUCCACCCGGUCCACCAGGCCCACCAGGUCCUCCUGGGCCACCAGGACCAAGUGGUUUGCCGGGUUCACCAAUGUCUUCUGGAUUCACUUCAGGUCCACCAGGUCCAUCAGUUUUACCUGUACUCAGUUCAGGUCCACCCGGACCACCAGGACCACCAGGACCAAAUGGUCCUCCAGGUCCACCAGGUCCAAAUGGUCCUCCUGGUCCAUAUACACCACCAGGUCCGCCAGUUUCACCAAUAUCAUCUGGUAGAGUUACACCAGGAGGUAAAGAUGGGCCAUCUGGUCCACCAGGUCCAUCAGGUCCCCCAGGUCCACCAGGUCCACCUGGUCCCCCAGGACCCCCUGGUCCUCCAGGACCACCAGGACCCAAUGGUCCUAAUGGUUCACCGACAUUAUCUGGAAUUUCUAGUUCUUCUUCUGGUGUAGGUGUUGGUCCGCCUGGUCCACCGGGCCCAUUUGGUCCACCUGGUCCAUUUGGACCUCCUGGUCCAUUUGGCCCUCCUGGUCCAUUUGGUCCGCCAGGGCCAUCAGGCCCACCUGGUCCACCAGGCCCGCCAGGUCCCCCAGGACCAUCUGGCCCACCAGGACCUCCUGGUUUUCCCACAUCAGGGGGUGUUGUCUCAUCUGUAGCAAGGGUUGGUCCUCCUGGUCCUCCUGGUCCCCCAGGGCCUCCUGGACCACCUGGACCUCCCGGUCCUCCAGGUCCACCUGGACCAAGUGGCUUCCCAGGAUCUCCAAUGUCUUCUGGAUUUACUUCAGGUCCACCUGGUCCAUCAGGCCCAUUUGGACCCCCAGGUCCGUCUUUACAAAAGACAAAUAAUGAGUAUAUUAUAACAGUGUGGGGAAACAACAUAUCAGUUUACUACACUUAUCUUAUUGACAGAUCUUUGAAAGCAUAUUUACUGUCAUCUGGUUCUCAUUACUUGAAUUGA